UUGAACAAUCGUCAAUAAAAUAAAUAAAGUAAUAAAUAAUUUUAAUAGUAAAAUAUAAAAACAUGUCUACAUUGGACUCGCCGAUUCCGCUUUCCGAUAUAGAGUCGGUGCUGGCUUGGGUAGAUACUUUCAAGCUGUCAAGACCGACUAAAAAGAUUAACAGGGACUUUUCUGAUGCUGUUCUCCUCGCUGAAAUACUGUGUGUGCAUUACCCGAAACUGGUGGAGAUGCACAACUAUCCCCCUAGGAACAGUCAUGCCCUGAAGCUGAAUAACUGGAUGACCCUUAAUAGGAAGGUGCUGAAGAAACUAAAGCUGAAUCUGUGCUGCAACACCAUGGAGCAGCUGGCUAACUGUGCGCCGGGGGUGAUAGAACGAGUGCUGCUUAUGGUUCGAGACAAAAUUCGUCGAGACGAAGAACUAAACAAGAGUGUGAAGGAUGCCGAACAGAAUGUCUCCAGUGGAGGCAGCUACUAUGAAGCCUGCGGCGAUGAUGAAAACGUAUUGGUGGUGCCGGUGAAGACGAGGGUCAACGGUGUACUGGAGACGGUUCAGCAGAAGGUGGUCAGCUACGACUCGUACCUUUCGCUGAAGGAGGAGCUGAAGGAUGCCAAGGACUCCUCAGAGGUGCUGAAGCAAAAGGUGGAACAUUUGGAUAGCUUGUUAAAAUUGAAAGAUGAAAGGAUAGACGAACUACAGAAGCAACUAGAUAGGAAGCAAGCGAGACGCAAAGAGGUCGAGGCUUUCCAGAAUAGUCUUGCUGUCCCUUUCGAAACAGUACAAUCACCAGUGAUAGCUGAUAUAACACCGAACCUUAGCAGGAAAUCAUCGCUGAAAACCAUAGAAUCCAAUCCAAAAAUGUCUAAACCAGAAGAAUCUAAGAUACCAGUACCUAAAGUAGAACCCGCUGUAGUCAGAUCUUUUUCUAAACCUAGCAUUACUGAAGUAACUUCUACAGAGCUAAUUAAUAACCAAAUUAAUUUGGAAAGGAUCAAGUCUGAUGUUUUUAAAGAGGUUGAAAUAGUCGACGCUAUUGAAGAAAAACGUUUAGAACCUAAAAGUGACGAAGGAGAUGGGGAUAGUCUAGAAAUCGAUCAACAAAUUGAUCAACAGAAUGAAGAGGCCUUUAAAGAUAUCAAUGAAAAGAAUCUUGAUGAUCCUCAAGACGUUGAAGAGUUUAAAGACAGUGAACAAGACACUAUUAUAACAAUUGAAGAGACUAUACAAAAAGAAAUAACAGACAUAGUUAUUGCCUCAGAACCUACUUAUUUUAUGUAAGGUAUGACGUCAUUCAUUGUAAAGUUUUGGAAUGGUUUACAAAAUUUUCUAGUCAACACAGCUUGUUUGUUAGGAUUAA